AUGGAAGAAGAGGAGAAACGAUUCGAGUUAGAAAUGAGAUCACAACAGUUAAAACAACAAAGAGAAAAUGCCAUGCGUCUCAGAUCAUCGAGCAGCUUUUCCAUGAAAAACGAGAAAAGUCAACGAUUACUAUCUGAACCAUCUUUAGAUACUUCUUCUGUAAUUCAAGAGGAAGAACACUGGUGUUACCAUUGUACAUCUCCAAUAGAUCAUCUUUCGACAGCAAUGAAAAAAACGAUCCGGGAAUUUCUGAAACUGAGACGAACAGUAUACCCGACUGAAGUGGCAACGCCGGAAUGCGUGAGCGCACGCAACUUUUCCAAACUCCAUAAACAAACAUGUAAACAUCGCUAUUGUCAAACAUUAGCAUUAGUCGAUCAAGAUGAAGGUGCGUCGUUUGUUUUGCGUGGAUGUGCUGAAAACUUCGGAGCCAUAAAUAGUAAACAGUUGGAUGAACAGGCAGAAAACACAUGCACGAAACUUCACAAGAAAGUUGAUAUUCGAGAAUGUAUUUGUAAAGAGAGAAAGUAUUGUUAUGCCAAUGACAAGAACAGCGCUUCAGUGAUUUCCAACUUUUCAAGUUUUUUGUUAUCUGUCGUUCUGCUCUCAUUCUAUUAUCACACCUAA